AUGGGGACGUCACUCACCGUGCUUCCUUUCUGUGGCCUUGUCAACUGCACAAAGUCUGGCGUUCCGCGGCUUUACAUUAAUCGGGAGUACUCCGAGGGCUCAAACUCUGUAAGUCCCCAGGGAACUGUUUUACAGCCCUCUGUUGUAACCAUCUGUUUGCAUCAUAAUUAAGUAUUCUUCUUAGCUGUUUUGCGAUUUAGUCGCUUAAAUGCGAUUUCCCCACGUAUUUCUUUUACAGUGGCCAAGUCCUCUUUCCUUUCCUGUUUUCUUUUCUUUUUUUCGAUAAUUAUCUUUGUCGCCUCUGUGAGCACUAAUCUACAUUGGCAGCUGGAAGAUCAAGGAUCGCACUUAGACUUGAUUUUUAAUUACUGUUCUCUGCUUUUCCAUUCGGCCCUCCCGAACCGAAACCGGGACACAGGUCUAAUUUAAAUUCGACAAGAUUACCCAGGUGGCACAGUCAUACUAACAAUCGUAUCGCACAACCCUGAAAUUUUACAGUCACUUCAGGACGCCGGCUUUCGAACGAGCCUCUUAUCGAACGUCUGCGUAAACUAAAUUCCGCAAAAAGGGACUGCUUAAGUAGUGCACAUUUUCUUCAUAAAUUUCGACGUUCCAAUAAAUUCAGGCAUAUUUUAUAUUAAAUACGCACAAUAACAUUCUAUCCUUUACUAUAUUGAGAGAAAAUUACGUCUCCUCCAAGUUUUCUGCUCGCAAAUGCAGUAUCAUACGGUGUUAAGGGAACUUUAAAGUCCUGAGUAGUUUUGAAUCCAACCUGCCGUUACACCUGCAAUCAGGGUUUCCAACCUGCGAACCGCAUGAUUUCCGUGUAGGAUAAAUCAUACAGUUCUAUGCACUAUUAAAGGGAAGUCAUUUAUUUGUUCAUAAAAUUCUGUAAUGGACGUAGAUAAUUUUUUGCUCUUUGUAGGCAUAAUUAUUUAACGUGCUGAUGCGUUGUUGUAUGAUUGAACACUUCGCGGUCUUAAAAAUCCUUAUAAUUAGAAAUUUUCAAAACCGAAAAAUAUCCUUUCUUUAAGUAAAGAAUUUGAAAAAGACAUAAUUUCUGCUAAAUGAGUACAAGAAAGAGUAUUUUUCUGUAUGUUUUCCAUCAAAAAUACAGCGCGUGACCGAUCUCAUGAAAUGUUGGCCAAAAUUCUGGAAUGCAUUUCCGAUUAGGAAGGAUUACUUAGGUGCGGUUGAAAUACUGACUAGCAUACAGCAUAACCCUGUAACGAUUCGAACUCGCCAGGAUGUCGGCUUUUGAAUGCACUUCUUUUUGACCUCCUGCAGAAACCACACUCGCCAUAAAAUGACUACUCAUGUAGCAUGCAUUUCUCCUAUUGAUUUUCGACGGUCUUAUUAAUUCAAAUAUAUUUUACAGAAAAAAUGCACAAAAAUAAGCUUUCUUUUGCUCAUUUGGUAGGAAAUCAUAUUGUCUUCAUAUUUUAUGCCCGACGAAAGUGUAUAUUCAGGUUUUAAAAAAGUUUCCCAAUUCCCGCAUAAUUUUCAGCCUGACCCCGCAUUGCAUCAGCGUUUAGGGAUUUCAGUCUACAAGGUGCAUGCUUUUCGCGUAAGUAAAAUCAUAUAUUCCUCUAUGCCUUUAAGAGGAUACCACAUAGAGUUCAUGAAAUUUUGCAAUGGAUCCGGACUACUCUGUACAUUUCAUGAGGGGCAUUAGUAAACGGACAUACGCGGUCUGGCAUGCAUGGACAUCGCACGGUCUUAAAAAUCUCAUAGGUAGAAACUCUUUUAAAAUCUAAAUAUACACUUUCUUCGGGCAUAAAAUAUGAAGACAAUAUGAUUUCCUACCAAAUGAGCAAAAGAAAGCAUAUUUUGUGCAUGUUUUAUGUAAAGUAUAUUUGAAUUUAUAAGACCAUCAAAAAUAAAUGGGAAAAAUGCAUGCUACUUAAGUAGUCAUUUUAUGCCGAGUGUGGUUUCUGCAGGAGGUCAAGAAGAAGGGCAUUCAAAAGCCGACAUCCUGGCAAGUCCGAAUUGUUACAGGGUCAUGCUGCAUGAUAAUCAAUUUAAAAACCUCACUUAGGUAAUCCUUCGUAAUCGGAAACGCAUUCCAGAAUUUUGGCUAACACUUUAUGAGAUCGGUCUUGAAUGUGUAAGAACAUCAAAAAUCAGUGUGGAAAAUCCACACCACUUGAGUUAUCAUUUUUUACGUGCGGAUCGAAAUGAAGCUCGUUUGAAACCAGCAUCGUGAUCUGCCUGAAAUAUCCUAGGGUUAUGCUAUACGAUAACUAAUAUUCAACCCUACUUGAGCAGUCUUUUCGAGUCAAAAGACGCGUUUCAGUGUUUCGGUUAACAUUUCAUUAGAUAGCACAUCUAUUGUACAUCAACUGUUCUACAAAGACAUCUGUGCCUUGACUGACUGAGGACCAACGCUACGAUUGGCUCAAAACGUGUACAUCCCUCCCCGCAAGCGAGCUCGGUUUAUUCAGGCCCAGGACCCAGCACGAGUUUGGAACGCGUAGACAAGAACUUUAUGCCAGUUGGGCAACUGCACCCAGUCGCAUAGUCGCCGCAGCCUUGCUUUGCCACGCUAAUACCCUGAGAAGCGAACGUGGGCCCACGCAACGUCAAGUAAGACGAAAGCCUGACUGUAGAUCACCCCACAAAGGAAUUCGCCUGACAAGUUGUGGAAUACCUGAAUUGUUGCUCUUUUGAAUAUGGUUCUGCCAAAUUUGCCUAAGGCUGUAGGGAAGAAAAGCAUUUAUAAAACCGACUGGUGGCAUGUAUGCCCUUUUGACUGGCUUCUGCCAGCUUUCACGAUUUGUUUGAAGUUGCUAAGGAUGUUGACAUGAUUUGUUUUCGAAGUUUGCUCUUGCAUUCCAAUCAUUGCAAAUCUGCUAAUUGCAGUGCUGCACGGAGCCACCUGGGUUAACGUCAAUGUGCGUGGCCGUCGGCCGAACCCCUCACAGCGGUAUCAUGCAGGCACAACUGGCACCUCGUGUGAGAUUGCAACAACGUGAUUUCCAUACACUCAUAAGCUUGCCCUUGAAGUCUGCCACCUGUCUUCCUGGGUCUUUCACCAAAAGUACUUAUUUACAGUUUCGAAAAUUCCCAUAGCAGUAAUCAGAAGACGAGGUGGCAAGCCUACGUAGCUUUUGAUAAAUUCUUGUCGGGCCAGUACAAUUAUAUGGGAACGGGGUAAAGGCAAAAACAUGUCAGCGAUAAGAGAAAUCGAUAAAAGUUCUCGCUAAAACACAGGCGGGGAGUGUGAAUGUGGGGAGGGGAGGGGGGGGGUGAUAGCAGGCAGUGUCAGGGACGGGGUGAGAGCGGAAGGGCCCAGUAGAGUUGAAGCCUUAGUUGAUCUUCGACCACUAUGCUGGCUCGACGAGAAUGUAUCGAAAGCUGCGUAUGCUCGCCACCUCUCGUUUAUUUAUGUUUGAAAACUCUUGCUGCUUGCCGCAGGUAGGACAGGUGACGGAUUUCCGUCCUGUUUGUAGGGACUAUAAUACGGAGUACGGGAUGGGUACCUUGUUUAAAAAAGGGUUGUUUGUGUCGCGUCGCAGUCUUCAGUCGGCGGGCUCCGUUUUUUUUCCAAUGCUGAUCGAUAGUCUGACCUUGUUUAACUCUCCGAAAAUGGAUUCUGUCGUGUCUCCCUUUCCAUCUUCGGGCUCAUUUCUCAUAAGUACCCUCCCCUCUCGUACGAACGUUGUCGGCCGUGGGGCUGAUUGUUUUCAUUUCGAUGGGAUUCAAAAUGUAACUAGGUGGGCUAACUCAUGAAAUGUCAACCGAAAUUCCGAAAUGCGUUAUCGUUUCGAAAAGAUUAAUUAAAAAGGGUUGUAAAGCUAAUCAACCUGCAACAUAAUUAUAUGAUAUGUCAGUUACCUCAGGAUGCCGGCUUUCGAAUGAACUUCCUUCCGGCUGCAUGCAAAAACUACAGCCUGUAAAAUAUGACUACUUAAGUAGCUUCAAUUUUUCUCACUGAUUUUCGAUGCCCCUAAAAGUCCAGUUGUAUUUAAUGGAAAACAUGCAUAAAAAUAUUCAUCCUUUUGCUCAUUUGGUAGACACUUACGUCUUCUUCCAAUCUUAUACUCGAAGGAAGGGUAUAAUUUGGUUUUCAAGAAAUUUUCCGAUUCUCGACUAAUUUUGAACCCGCUCAACCGUUACACUUGGGUUUGGGUUUUCCAAACUACAAGUCGUAUAUUUUCCGCGUACGGAAAACCACACAUUUCUCUACGGUAAUAAAGGGGAACCAUAUAGGGUUCAUAAAAUUUAGCAGUGAAUUUGAUGCAUAUUGUUAACUUUACAGGCCACAUUGAUAAAUGCAGAGACACGACGAUUUGUGAACGGCCAUUUCACGGUAUUUAAAUCCCAUAAUUAGAAACAUUUAAAACCGAAUAAUGUCCCUUCUUCGAGUAUAAAAUUAGAAGAGGACGUAAUUUUCUACCGAAUGAGCAAAAGAAUGAAUAUUUUAUGCAUGUUUUCCAUGAAAUAUAAUCGGACUUUUAGGGACAUCGAAAAUCAGUGAGAAAAAUCCAAGCUACUUAAGUAGUCAUAUGUUACAGGCUGUAGUUUUUGCAUGCAGCCGGAAGGAAGUUCAUUCGAAAGCCGGCAUCCUGAGGUAUCUGGCAUAUCAUAUAAUUAUGUUGCAGGCUGAAUAGGUUUACAACGCUACUUCAUUAAUCUUUUCGAGACGUAAGUGCAUUUCGGAAUUUCAGUUGACAUUUCAUGAGUUAGCCCACCUACUAUAACUAGUCGCGAACUUAUUUUUCGCAGUUUACUGAUUCUGUUUUGUGGAUGCUGUUCCGGAAGGCCCCUCUUUCGAUCACAUUUCGUCCAGGUCCGUCCAAUUCCAUGUGUUGAUCUUAGUUCCCCUUGAAUGCACCGCUUUUUAAUCAUUCCCCAUCCCUCCCCCCCUCUCCCGCGCAUUCUGUUGCCUGCUGUGAAAGGGUUUUCUUUCUUUCGUCAUGACCUGGAUGGUCGCUCGUUUCAAACGAAAGCCGUUGAGAUGGGGCAAACCCGGCAACAAGACGGACGUUUUUGUGCAAAAGGACGCGGACGUCGCCGUCUUGAUGUUGGCUGAACUGCUGGGAUGGAAGGUAAACUGCUGUAUUCCUUCUUGACACACGCACGUUCUUUUUUGACUGAUGACGCCUCUGCAAAUUGACUCAGGCAGACUGUUAUUACCGAAAAAGACAAGGGAGACUGGAAUGGCCAUUUCUGGCUUAUUAGUCGUCGUCAGCCAGCCAUACCCAAACCCGAAGUGUGGGACAUGUGGAGCUCGAACUCGCGACCUGUUAGUUAGAAGACCAAGGCGUCUAACCAUUAGACUCAUUCUCGUUAUGGAUUUACCAAGGCCGAGUCACCUGCCCGUAACAGCAUUCUAUGCCUUCUGUGUGCCUCCAAAACGGGCCAGGGGAUGGAUGUCUUGACCCAACAGGGGAACCACAUCGGAUUCUGGCAGGCAUUAUCGGGACUGCACACCCGUAACAAACAGAAACAUUCGGGUAGCGGUAGCAGGUCCAGUUACCGGCCCACGUCGCACAGCUUGGGAUCCUUGCUGCUCCCGCAUUGUCGUUGUGGUUAGAAUCUUGCUCAGUGUUUGUUGUGGACCAGGAGAUGCGGUGGUCCGUCUAGGCGCAGUUUUUCGCGGCCUUUCCCACCUCUGGUCUUCUUUGGCAUGACACCGGACCCCGGGUGGGGGGGGGGCGGAGAGAGUGCAGUAGAUACAGGGCAAGUCUACUAUCACUAUGAAACAAGAUCACGCACAAGUCACCGUACCCGCUCUCACUCUGCAGUAGGUGAACAUCGUCCGUAACGACGGCCAGACUGUCACUAACCUAGAUAUGUUGCCCUUCUUACGCUACACUAACGUGGUAGAAAUUAGUUUGCCCAAUUUUUUCACAAAUUACUUCUUGUUACGCUUAGCCGAUUCAUAGAUAUUUUGGCAGAUUUUGAAUAAUUCAUAUUGACCCAACUGUGAAAAACUCGGCGCCUCAGUUGGAUUCGAACCCGCGCAGUAAGGGUAAGGCUUUAGUACAGCCAACGCUCUAACCACACAUUUCUCUACGGUUAUAAAGGGGAACCAUAUAGGGUUCACAAAAUUUAGCAGUGAACGUUGGAAAAUGCUCAUUUGCCAUGGACUGUAAGUGGACUCCCCAAGCAGGAUUAAACUCGCGUCGUCGACGUUGCCUCGUAGCUCAGGUGGUUAGAGCGUUGGCUGCGCUAAAGCCUUCCCCUUACUGCGUGGGUUCGAAUCCCACCGAGGUGCCGAGUUUUUCACAGUUGGGUCAAUGUGGCUUACCAGAUUAUUUGAUUUUGUUCUAUUUUUUGUCCCUGAGAGCUUUGCUCUGUGACCGCGACAGAAACGUAGCACACCUUGCGUGUCAGAGGUGGGCAAACACUAGUCAUAUGCGCUGCGGGAUAUCUCCUUACUCAACGGUGAAACAGGUCGUCCAUAAUUACGUGUUUUCCGGUCGUCGGAGUUCCUUACUUUCCGUAAUUUGCUUUGUAGAGUCAUCUGUGCUAGAGGUACGGACGCUGUCGAGCUUGUUAAAACUAUUAUGCUUGCUCGGAAGUAAGUGUUCUGAGUGUGGGUAGUGUGUUGCGGAAGUCAAGUCGCCUUGUGUUGCGCACGCACGAAGACAACGGUAGGGAGAAGGACGCCACUUAGCUGUCGGUAGACUGUACAUCGUGUCAUAUGGGAUUUUAUCUUGACGCCCAUUUGCAAGCCGUUGCAGAUACUACACUGCCAACAACAGUAACUCCCCAUGACCUCAAACCAUUAUGCUAGCUCUGUCAUUUCUUAAAAAAUUAACGCGUUCAGUUCCGUUGUCAUACGAAAGCGUGCGAUAGGACUUUCGACAGAAAUCAAAGCAAUCUCCAUAUUUUCUUUCACUUGGUCAGCUGCGUGCUGCUCAUUCGUAAAGCCCUCACUGCCACCAUUUCCGUAUGACACGAUUCGCAGUCUACCGACAGCUAAGUGGAUCUCUUAACCCUACUGUUGCCUUUUUAAUGAAUAAUCGGUCUCAAAGAAGAAGCAUUACAGUCUCUAAGACUCCAAGGCUUUAAUUUACCCCCAGACCCGAAUAUAAAUGAUAGCUCUGGCACAGUGGCCAUGGCCUACUAUUACGCAAAUUCUCAUACUUCCACCACCGUAGUGACCGAUUUGGUGGUUAGAGAACGGAACUUGUACUACCUCCUCUGGCACGCUCUGUCAAUGAAAUCGCUCCCCCCUUUACCGACUUGUCCCUCUUCCUCCCCCCUCCCCAGGAUGAACUACUGAAAAUACAGAAGACGAGGAACGAUGAAUUGGAGGAACAAUUCGCUAAAGAGCGCGCCAAGACCUCAGGCUGA